CAACGACGCCUUGCAGGUGCCCUUAGGACUAGGUUCGUUUUACGUAUAUAGCCUAUCGAAGAGGAGAGGACAGAAGGAAGCGUAACUUCAUAAUCAUUUUAUUUAUCUUUUCUGCUCUUUUUUAUUUUCACAUGUUAAAUAUUUGAGGACAAAAACGAUUUGAUGUUUGCGAAAAUGGUGUCGAAGUUGACAUCUCUGCAGCAGGAACUUCUGAACGCCUUGUUAGAUUCUGGAGUUACCAAAGACAUCCUUAUCCAAGCGCUGGAUGACAUGGACCCCAGCCCGACUGGCUUUGGAGUAAAGUUGGAAAAUUUACAGAUGUCCCCGUCGAGCGCGAAAAUGAACGGUGGUGAUUCCGAUUCAAAGCCAGUGUUUCACACGCUGACUAAUGGGCACAGUAAAGGUGGGAAGUUGUCCGGAGACGAAGGAUCCGAGGACGGCGACGAUUUCGAUACUCCGCCGAUUUUAAAAGAACUCCAGUCUCUCAAUACUGAGGAGGCGGCAGAACAGAGGGCAGAAGUGGAUCGAAUGUUAUCCGAGGACCCAUGGCGCGCCGCCCGCACGAUCAAAGGGUACAUGCAGCAGCACAACAUCCCACAGCGCGAGGUGGUGGAUAUCACCGGACUGAACCAGUCUCACCUCUCGCAACACCUCAACAAGGGCACACCCAUGAAAACAACCAAGCGAGCGGCGCUCUACACCUGGUACGUCAGGAAACAGCGAGAAAUUCUCAGACAAUUCGACCAUGUGCAAGGUUCUGGCAGCAAUAUGACAGACAAAGGCAGUCAGGAUCAGGUGCUGUUUUUUUUCCCAGAGUUCAAUCAUCCUGGGCAAGGUAUGGGGCAGCCCGGGGACGAAGCGGGGGCUGAACCCGCCAACAAGAAACUGAGACGCAACCGUUUCAAAUGGGGCCCUGCGUCGCAAGAGAUCCUCUACCAGGCCUACGAGAGGCAGAAAAACCCCAGCAAGGAAGAGCGUGAGGCACUGGUGGAGGAAUGCAACAGAGCGGAGUGUGUGCAGAGGGGGGUGUCCCCAUCCAAAGCGCAGGGGCUGGGAACCAACCUGGUGACCGAGGUGCGCGUGUACAACUGGUUUGCCAACCGUCGCAAGGAAGAGGCCUUCCGGCAGAAGCUGGCCAUGGACGCCUACACCGGACCCAUCCACAGCAUGAACCCCCUGCUGUCUCACAGCUCCCCCCACCAGCACCACACCAGCGCCUCCCCGCCCAGCAAGAUGCCAGUUCGAUACAGCCAGCAAGGAGCCAGCGAGGUCACUUCCUCCACCACCAUUAGUCACCACGGCAACAACGGCAUGGCGACCAAUCAGUCGGUUCUCCAGCAGGUGUCUCCGGGAGGCCUGGACCACAGCCACAGCCUGCUGUCGCCCGACGCCAAGAUGAUCUCGGUUUCGGGUGGAGUCCUGCCCCCUGUCAGCACGCUGACCAACAUCCACAGCCUGCCCCAGAGCUCCCAUCACCACCAGCAGCAAACACAGAACCUCAUUAUGACCAUCGCUGCACAGAGUCUGAACUCGUCGCAGGGGCAGAGCGUGCCGGUGAUUAACAGUGUGGCGGGAGGGCUCACCACGCUGCAGCCGGUGCAGUUCUCCCAGCAGCUGCAGAGUCCCCUGCAGCAGAGCCUCGCCCCACAGACCCCCUCACACAUGUCCCAGCAGCCCUUUAUGGCCACCGUCACGCACUCUCACAUGUACCCGCACAAGCAGGAGCCUCCUCAGUACUCCCACCCUUCACGGUUCCCCUCGGCCAUGGUGGUGACAGACGGCGGCAGCAUCAGCCAUCUCAGCUCUAUGUCCUCCAGCAAACAGGAUUCCCCAGUAAACAAGAUGGUGCAACUCGGGGGUCUCUCUUGGUGCCCUCUGCAAGCUUGGUGAGUGCGCUCAGCUGAAUCCCCUGGUGCCUGGCAACGGGAGCAUUGCUUUUCCACCCUCUUACCGCGGUAACCGUGGCAACCAGGCUGGAUGACGAGUCGGUCAACAACUCAGGAGUCGGUUAGCUGCCGACAGCAGCGAAACACCGCCGAGGGAGAAACAAAAACAGAUCUUCUUUUAACGAAACAAACAAAAAAAAGUUGAACACUGGUUUGUAUUCCUUAAAAAGCCAAACGGAAGGAGGUGAUGAAAGACUAUGGACUCUCACAGGCACUGAUAACGGUCAGCAAAGACUCGACACAGUAUUUUCACACUUUUCUUUUCCCUAAAUCUCAGUUUCAUUUCGCAAAGAAAUUUUCGAUACGCAAAUGAAAAUAGCCAUUUAUAUCCCAAUUCGAAAUUACGAAGGAACCGAGCAAAAUAUACCUGGGAAAAGUCCUUCUCCUUUAUCGUUCUGCCUAAGGAGGAAGUCUUGAGGAAACGAUAUCCCUGGGAGUCAGCACCUGUGUGGAGAGACAGUGACCCUGUCUCUCAGCUCCUGGACUCGAACACAAGGGACAACCCAAGGGCUUCGCUGCGAGACAGACAGACGGACAGAUGGACAGACCAUGGCUGACAGUGGAGGACCCACUGAGCGCACUGUUAGACUGUGAGAGUGGGCCUGGUGGGAGUUUCUCUCUGACGGUCAGACCCACUUCCCUUGCUCGCCUGUUCAGAGUUGGCCUUCUCCCUCUCACUCUACGGACAACAAGCGACCACAGCUACGCUGGAGAGACUCCGGAGCGACUUGCCUUCCACCUGCGAUUCCCCAUUGCCCAUAAGCCCUCCCUGUCAUGGUAGAGUUACUAGUAUCUUUGUUAUGUAUUAUUACAAUGCGAGGGGUCUUCCACAUGGACUCUGCUUAUAUGCUGUUUUCUUUACAGUCAAACUUAUUAAUAAUUUCCCAUGCUUUCUUUUGCCAUUAUUUUAACAGUCUGAAGUUGAAAUUGCAAAAUUGAUGUUAUUGUAAUGAUGAUGAAGAUUGUGUUGAUUCUAUUUUUUUUUCACCUUCCAAUGGCAAACUGUGAUUUAAAGGCGGGGAAAAAAAAGCUGUGUUUUUGGAAGAACUGCACAAUGAACGGGGGAAGAUUUUCUCUGCUACACUAUGAGAUACAAACGGAAGGAUCAAUGGACACUUUGUAACCAUGUACAGUUCUGUAUGCUGUGACUGCUUUCUCACUGUAGACACAGAAGCAAAAUAAUGCUAUGGUCCAUAUUUAUGGUAAUUUUACACUUUGUAGUUUUACCAUUCUACAAAGUUUAUAGCCUAUAUUUUAUCAUUUCCAUCUGAGUUUAAUAUAUAGAGACCAACCAUUGAAAUGCCCCAGAAGAGUUCUGUGAAGAACCUAACUUCGUCGGUAACUGAAAUGAAACGCGAUGAAAAGGCUUCUAGAGGCCAGGCUUCGAGGCCUAGCAUGGCCGCUCUUGGUCCCAGACCCCCUUGAGCAGGUGUGUUUGAACAGUGACACAGCUGUACCUCCAGGUGACAGAGCUCACAGCAGAAACAGGGCAUCAUUUGAGCUAUUACACAUAUCUGCCUCUUUAUAAACCCCCACAUAUCCCCAAUGUAGAGAAAAAACAAUGAGGCACACAAGUCGGGCAGUUAUCAAUGAAUAAUUUAGUAUCUUUUGAAUUUCUUCAACAAUACUCAUUCUUUGCACUUUCCCCCCCUCCUGAAACACUAAAUAGUGAAAAAAAAGAUCAUUGACAUAGUUGUGUUUUGCUGUGAUAGUGUUCUCUGGAAACCUGGAAACGUGACAUUUGGUGAUAGACAGUAUUACUUCUUCAAGCUGAAGCCAGAAAGAAACCCGAAACAGCUUGUAAGACAAGACAAGGGAACGAUGGCUGGUUCACAAUUGUGUGUUAAAAUAGCAUUUUUUUCACAUUUAGACUGAUUAUGAACAUGAAUAUAUCAAAGAAUAGCGUUCCAUACUGAUGAAUUCAUUUGUCUGGCAUGUGUUCAAAAAUGAAGGUCUCACCAUUUCAUCUCUUUGCCCCACUGUCGAUUUUUCCAGACACUCUUCAAAGGUCACAAAGCUAUUAGCUGUUGCUAUUUUGUCAUGCAGUUUGUUUAUCUGUAUAUAUGUGAGACUUACCCACUGCCAGCCGAACAGAGGGGAAACCAGUUUAUACCAGUUUAUGUGAUUUUC